CUUGCAAUGCAAGUCCUUAAUUUUGUAAUGAUAAUUUCAUCGGCAUUAAUGGUGUGGAAAGGGUUAGCAUUAUACACAAAUAGCGAAAGUCCGAUAGUUGUAGUUUUAAGUGGUAGUAUGGAACCAGCGUUCUAUCGUGGUGAUCUUUUGUUCCUUGGAAUGCCGGAUGAACCAGUACGUGUUGGUGAUAUAGUGGUAUUUAAAAUUCCGGGAAGGGAUGUGCCGAUUGUCCAUCGUGUUAUAAAGUUACAUGAUGAACGUGAUACCAGUAAACAAUUCAUUCUGACAAAAGGUGAUAAUAAUCAGGUUGAUGAUCGAGGACUAUACAAUCCUGGGCAACUUUGGAUUCAUAAAGAAGAUAUUGUGGGAAAAGUUAGAGGGUGUGUAUGA